UCACCCCCCCCCCCUCAGCCGCCUCGAGACUCUCGUCCAUCUUCGUCCACCAAACGCUACGUGAUCACCAUUAACCGUCCGGCUAGUGGUGCGAGUGUAGCGAACCGGGGCGCUGCCAUCGUUCUCGUUCUCGGACAGUGCCCGGGGUCCGGGAAGCCGGAGGCGGCCGCUUGUCCGGGUGUUCCCUUCUCUGAGCUCAAUCGGUGGCAGUUGGAGCUGAGCCUCUGGCCGGUGCCGUUUCUUUCUCCCUCCACCACCCCCCCACAACCCGGUCCUUUUAUCUUUUCUCUCUCUCUCUUUCUAUGCUGCGUUGCGGGUUGAGAUGUUUCUGAAGGCGAGGUGUUUGAGGGGGAGUUAAGAUACGUGAUUAACCUAUGGAUAAAGUUGGAAAGAUGUGGAGCAAUUUAAAAUACAGAUGUCAGAACCUUUUUGUUAAUGAAGUUGGAGGCAGAAAUGAAAACGACUUCAACUGUCCAAAAUGUUUGGUCAGUAAAAAUGUAAGUGUACAAGUUGGUGAUUUGCCUCAGCAAGGUUUCAGUCCAUUAAAUAGAAAUGGAACUAUGCCACUGGUUGCAGACAGAAGGAAUAGAAAUUGUGUUUCUGACAUCCCAGAGAUUGUUGAAGCUGAUUUAGAUAAAGAGAAUGAGAACUUACCUACUACACAAGAUUCUCACCUUGUUCGAAGAGACUCUUACUCCCGUCAUGCUCCAUGGGGUGGAAAGAAGAAGCAUUCUUGCUCUACAAAAAUGCAAAUGUCAUUUGAUAUAGAUAAACGCUUUAGUCGGACAAGAUGUGCGUUACAGAGACGUGAAAGACGAUAUGGUGUAAGUUCUAUACAUGAUAUGGAUAAUUUAUCUAAUCGGAGUAUGACACGGCAAUCUAUACGCCAGCGAUUGCAAGAAACUGUGGGACUGUGUUUUCCACUACGAACACGCAAUAAACAGUCAAAGAGCUUAUUCUCCAGCAGGAGAAAAAUAUUGCUGUCUGAACUCAUGCUUGAAAGAUGUCCUUUUCCAGCUGGAUCAGACCUAGCGCAAAAAUGGCAUCUUAUUAAGCAGCACACUGCUCCUGUGAGCUCACAGUCAGCCUGUUGGCUUGAGACAUUUGAUCCAACAUUUGCUUCUGCAGAAGAUGAAGAAGAUAGACUUCGCGAAAGGCGUAGGCUCAGCAUUGAAGAAGGAGUCGAUCCUCCUCCCAAUGCUCUUAUACAUACCUUUGAAUCAACUGCACAAAUUAAUCAAACAUACAAGCUGGGACCAAAGUUAGCUCCUGGGAUGAGUGAACUUUCUGGUGACAGUCGUGCAAUAACAAAUGGCGAUUGGGACUCUGAAGAAGAUACCACGACUCUCUGUCUCCAGGCACGCAAACAGAAACCACGGCAGGUGGCAGGAGAAAACAUCAGUCACUCUACCAAACCUGGGCCCUGGAAAGUGCACACGCAAAUUGAUUACAUUCAUUGCCUGGUACCAGACCUCCUACAGAUUACGAGUAACUCUUGUUACUGGGGAGUGAUGGAUCGUUAUGAAGCUGAGGCUCUUCUUGAUGGCAAGCCUGAAGGUACUUUUUUACUCAGGGACUCCGCACAAGAGGAUUACCUUUUCUCUGUGAGCUUCCGCCGUUAUAACCGCUCUUUGCAUGCAAGGAUUGAGCAAUGGAAUCACAAUUUUAGUUUUGAUGCCCAUGACCCCUGUGUUUUUCACUCUUCCACUGUAACUGGCCUUCUGGAACAUUAUAAAGAUCCCAGCUCGUGCAUGUUUUUUGAACCUUUGCUUACUGUUCCACUGACCAGGACUCUUCCUUUCAGUCUGCAGUACAUCUGCCGUGCAGCUAUCUGCAACUGUACAACGUAUGAUGGAAUAGAUGCACUUCCACUUCCUCCACCUCUACAAGAGUAUCUGAAAGAGUACCAUUACAAGCAAAAAACUUUUAUGGGCAAGAUGGUGACAAGGUCCAUUUGUUACUGCAGCUGCCAAGGAUGUUCAUGGUUUUGACUCUAUCUUCUAUGCUGUGUUCGCAAAUGUUCUGAGGGGGGGGAAAACCCUUUCCAAAUUUAAAAGAAAAUGUACAGUUUUUUUUUUUGUGGGUUCUACAGCCUAUGGUAUGGGAGCCCAUAGUGUAUGGUAGUAUACUGGUCACAUUUCUAAUUGUGCUUUAUCUUGCAUUAAAGUUCUUCUAUGAAUGUGCUGUCAAACAGUAUUUUUUUUGCAGCUUAGUUGAAAGCAAUUAUUUGCAUAUGCUGAUCCCCUCGAACAAAUUCAUUUGUGCACUUUGAGAUUUUUAUAAAUCUCCUUUUCUGUGAGGGAAGCGUGUGCUUGCCAAUUGGCGUAUCAAAUGCUUUGACGUAAGCUAAUUGCUAUUCGUAUGUAAAGUAAGUAAUGUUUUGUUUAUAACUAAAUGUUAGUUCUUCUGAAUUUUUAAGAACCUGGCUACAUUUGCUUUUGAGAGAUCCAGCUUUUUUAGCACAUGGCCAAUAAAUGCAUUUAUUGUAAAAUGUAUUCUGUUAUAUUCUUAACAUGUAAAUGCCUGUUUAGGGUAUUGUUUACAUUGCAUAUAAAAAAUUCAAAUUCUGUUAGCUGUAGAUUAAUGCUCAUUCUGGUGUGUUGUACAAAACUGAUCAUUUGUAUUAUCAGCUAUCUUCACUUGCUGUAAUAUUGCAAACAUUUUUCUUCACAUCCUGAAGACUUUCUCCGUGUUCACUCUAGCUUCAUUGUCUUAAAAUGAAAUAAAAAUACAGACACUAAA